AUGCCAAUCACACCGUGCGACAACCAGAUUCCUCUCCCGUCUCCGAUUCCAACCGGAAGAGGAUCGCGCUCCGCCGCUAACGAGAUCUUCAGCCAGUUCCUUGAAAAGAAACUCCACUUACCGGAACUUACACUACCGGAACUUCAUCCAUCAACAUCACCGGCUGAAAUUGACCUCUGGUCUCUCCCUCUUGCCUCCGCUCCUCUGCUUCUACGCUCCGCUAAGGAAUUCGGCGUGUUCCGGAUAAGGAGCCACGGAAUCUCUAGCUACGAUCUUGAAACUAUAGCGACGGAAGCCGAACUCGUUUUCAAAGACUAUAAAAAGGUCUACGUUGAGCGUAAUGGACGCUGCGGAGGGAUGAUUCCAUUUGUUCGAUCCAGCAAUGGAGAACUGAAAUUCACAGCUCAUAACCAAACGCAUCGGAAAUUUUGGGUUCAUAUGGGGUACGUAGCAAGUAUAUUGGAUACUAUAGUGGAUCAAGUGACUCUGGCUCUAAAACAGAACGCAUCACAAGAUUUUAAGGAGCGGAUUCAAGAGACAGAGUCUGCAAUUUGUCUUUGCAGGUAUCCCCAUGACAGUACCCCCAAACGAAAUGACAGUGUCUCGGAUAAGACAAAGGGCGUGUUAUGUGAACAUGCUUUGCGCUUCUACCUUCCCAUGGAGCACUGCAUAUUUUACGUCCAAACUGAAAGAGGUCCUCUGUCUUUUGAUGCAGGUCCAGAGCAUGUAGUUGUCAUUGUUGGCAAGCAACUAGAGGAAUGGAGCAACGGUGUAUUCAAAUGUGUUCCGGGGGAAAUGAUUUUCAUGCCGAGUUUCCAUAGUAACAAUGCCUCUUUCUCCGUAGAGCUUACAUGCUUGGCCUCUUCAAAUCUAAAUCUCAUAUUCAACAAUUUUGACAAGAUAAUAUCCUUAAACGAUCAAAUUCUUAUUGUAUUAUGUCUCGUGUUUUUAUACAAAUUUCUAUACUUCAUCUUUUCCUGA